UUGUGGGAUCACGUUCCCCGUCAACCCGAAGAUCGAUUCAUGGCCCAAUCUUCUUUCACUCUUCCUCUGGCUGGUGACGGUGCUAUGGAACGUUUACGCUCACGCAAACAGAAGACUAGGACGACUCCUAGUGUUGAGAAGGACGCUGUUACUACUGCUGCUCCUUCUUGUCCUUCUGCGAGGGCUCAGAAGAAGAAUAACAAGAGACCGUCUCCGGUUGAGUCGACCGAUUGGUUGAGUAAUACAGUUGAUCUUUCUUUUCCAUCUUCAGCGGCUGCACAUUCUGAGUUUGGCCUACACCUUGGUGAGGCCAGUAAGCUAUUAUUUCCAGAGGAUCGAGCUCGUUUUGAGAACAUCGGAGAAAUAGCUUCCAUGGAGUUGUCCAUCUCUCGCUCCUUUCAGGUAUGCAUGCAUUCCCAUGUUACAAUUUAUGUGUGGACAAACUCGCGAUAUUAUUGUGUCUGACUAUUAUGGUACUUUAUAUUGCAUGACAGGGUAUGCAAGGACUUAUG